UUCAAUUAGGGUUCUACUUACCGAUCCACAGCUCUAGUUAGACUAACCAUUACCUCUAGAACUGGCACGUUACAGACAGCAAUCCCUGUAUCUAUUUCUACUUCAGAAAAUGCAAAAUGUCGUUCUUGUGGCUGAGCCUGGGUGACCCUUCAUGAAUGUUGCCAAUGAGUUUCCAUAUGGAAACUGUGAACAUAGUCCUGCUGAACUGUGGACCUCGCUGUGAACAUGAAGCAUCAACUUGGUCAUGUAGAACUUUGUGUGCGAUAACAAGGAAUCUCAUAAUUGCAGUAUACAUGGUUAUUCAUUAAGGACAUUGGCUUGUACUCUGUCUGUCUUUGUGUCUGUGUCUCUGUGUCUGUGUCUCUGUCUCUCUCCCAGAGUGUGUGUGUUGUUGUUGUUGCUGUUGCUGCUGCUGCUUCUGCUGCUGCUGCUCUUGCUAUGGUUUUCACACCAGGGUAAUACUGGCUUUAUAGACCAAGUUUGGAAUGAGCUUUUCUUGUCUCUUUGGAGAAGCAGCUUGAAGAUCAUCAGUCUCCACUCUAAGGCCAGUAGAGCGUCUCGUGGUGAUCCCAUUCCCCACCUGUUACAGUGGUGGACUUGGAGAAGGAAAUCCCAUGCAUGGAUUUCUGCAAUGCAAAUUUACCACCAGCAUCCAGACAAACUGGUUCCAGGCUGUCCAUAUCUACCAUUGUGGAUUCUAUGUGUUGUUUAGGCCAAAAGGCCGAAGAAACCCUGGGACUCAUAGGAGCAAAUAGGCUUCAUGAUGUCCUGACAAAAAAUAAUAUGUUCAACAGGAAAAAAAUUGUUGGGAACAUCCUUGGAGAAAUAAGGCAUGUUCCAAAGAUUUGUUCUGCCAAGAGUCCUGCAGGUCCUGACAACCUCGCUUCUGCCCUUUGGAGGAGAGAGAGUGAUCCUGCCUUGUCCAUGUCCGUGGCAUCUGACACCCACAAAUGGCAAGGGGAGAGCUCCUCUAGGUGCUUCUCUCCAGAUUUAGACGAGAUGCUGAAGAUCAGCUGGCUGUGGAAGUCUGCCCAACAGUGCUAUGCUGAGGAGGACUACAACAGCCACAAAAAUUCUGAGGAGGCAGAGAGCACUGUCUCACUGAGUGGCUCCUCUGAGGAUGACCUGUCCUACCUGGAGGAUAUCAUUCCCGACUCUAACUCGGACUCACAGCAGGCUGGUGUGGAGGUAGGGACCAAGAAGACCAACAGUACCAUCGGGAUCAGGUACACAUCCCUAAGUGCUGUAUUAUUCCUUGAAGACACAAACUGCAAACAGAUCCCAGAACUUCAAGAUGAUACCAAGGUUACCAACUGCAUCGGUGUAUCCAGUGACGUGAGUGAAACUGACCUACAGUUCAGUGAGAGAAUACGUGAUACUACAUACUCCGUGAUCUCUGCCCAGAGUAGGAACGCUAACUAUGAAGAUGACAAUGGCAUAACCCUAGAGGAGUCACCAUCUUUAUCUAGCAAGGACCAGUUCUGGGAGCUGCCCAAAGACCCCAUAAAGAAGCAAAGAAGGCAGAUUAGUCAGUUCUUUUACAGUUUAUUCUGUUGCCUCCCCACCCCGAAGAAAAGAGAGACAACCUCCAGGGCUGAAGAUCUUGCCUGGGUCUGUGAUUCUUAAGCCCUGGAUUUCCGUUCAGCCUGGUAUGGUCCACCAGCUACAGGAGGGAGCCAGGCCAGAACAGGAUAGAGCUUUGUACCACAAGACCUGUUGUUACCUGUCAGACACCUACAGCCUGGGCACGAGCUCUCUACCCUCCUCUCCCUGCAGUGUAGACUAUUGGCUGCCUACUUCUUAACUUACCGUGCCCCAGCACUGAGGCUGGACAGAGCAGUCGAUCACUUGUUAUGAAGAGACAGCUGUCCAGAUGCAGCAAACCUCGUGAGAGAAUUUUGUGUUUCCCAUGAUAGCUCAUCACCUAAUUUUGAUCCUUAUCAAUGACCAGAUGCAAUGAACUGCAUGUACUCGGUAGCCCAUGAGAUAUGUCUCUUCAAAAGUAAGCAUGUGGCUUGAAUCUGCAAAGACGACCGGGGAAACUACCCUCAGCUGCAUUUGUGGGACCGCCAUAGAACAUCAUCUCUCAGCUCCAUGGGGGAGCCUGCCCCACAAUGACCCGGUACUGUGGAUCCUGUGGAUUGGUUUCUUUCGUGAUGUUGUCACAUCAAGACUAUGAACCUGGAGCAGUGUUAUGCUCUCCGUAGUUGAAACAAGAUUCCUCAGGCCUCACAUGGAAAGUCCUUCAUUUUUAUUAAACGCUCACAUCAUUUUCUUUUA